AUGGGUCUGUGCUACAGCCUGCGGCCGCUGCUCUUCGGCGGUCCCGAGGACGCGCCCGGCGGCGCUCCGGAGCCGCCCGCGGACGAGGCACGGUGCACGGCCGCGGACGAGGCACGGUGCACCGCGGCCCCGGUGCUGACCCUGGUCCCGGCCGGCUCCGGGGCGCGGGCGGCGGGGCACCCCGCGGCCGGCGGCGGGAACCCGGCGCGCGCCUGGCCCAAGGCGGCCCCGCAGAAGGAGAAGCGGCGGCGCGGGGACCUACAGAGCGCCGAGGAGCGAGAGGCUGCGCGGGAGGCGAAGAAAGUGAGCCGGGGGAUCGACCGCAUGCUGCGAGAGCAGAAGCGAGACCUGCAACAGACGCACAGGCUGCUGCUACUGGGGGCCGGUGAGUCCGGAAAAAGCACCAUUGUCAAGCAGAUGAGGAUCCUGCACGUGAACGGCUUCAAUCCAGAGGAAAAAAAGCAGAAAAUUCUGGACAUUCGGAAAAAUGUUAAGGAUGCUAUUGUGACCAUAGUGUCGGCAAUGAGUACCAUAAUACCUCCAGUUCCGCUGGCCAACCCUGAAAACCAGUUUCGCUCAGACUACAUCAAGAGCAUCGCCCCCAUCACUGAUUUUGAAUAUUCCCAGGAGUUCUUCGAUCACGUGAAGAAACUCUGGGACGAUGAGGGCGUGAAGGCGUGCUUUGAGAGGUCCAACGAGUACCAGCUGAUCGACUGCGCACAAUACUUCCUGGAACGGAUCGACAGCGUCAGUCUGGUUGACUACACACCCACGGACCAGGACCUCCUCAGAUGCAGAGUUCUAACCUCGGGGAUCUUCGAGACACGAUUCCAAGUGGACAAAGUGAACUUUCACAUGUUUGAUGUCGGUGGCCAGCGGGAUGAGAGGAGAAAAUGGAUCCAGUGCUUCAAUGAUGUCACCGCCAUCAUUUACGUGGCCGCCUGUAGCAGCUACAACAUGGUCAUCCGGGAGGACAACAACACCAACAGGCUGAGGGAGUCCCUGGACCUUUUUGAAAGCAUCUGGAACAACAGGUGGUUACGGACCAUUUCUAUCAUCUUAUUCUUGAACAAACAGGAUAUGCUGGCAGAGAAAGUCUUGGCAGGGAAGUCAAAAAUUGAAGACUACUUCCCAGAGUAUGCAAAUUAUACUGUUCCCGAAGAUGCAACACCGGAUGCAGGAGAAGACCCCAAAGUGACAAGAGCCAAGUUCUUCAUCCGAGAUCUCUUCUUGAGAAUCAGCACGGCCACGGGUGACGGCAAACACUACUGCUACCCUCACUUCACCUGUGCCGUGGACACGGAGAACAUCCGCAGGGUGUUCAACGACUGCCGCGACAUCAUCCAACGGAUGCACCUUAAGCAGUACGAACUCCUGUGA